ACCAACGUAUGCCAUUGAAAGAUUAAACAUGACCUCCUACUAUUCUAGUUCUCUUGUCCAGAGCAAUAGAUCAUUUUAUGGUUCUGGUGCUGCCAACAGAUCUGGAGGCAGUUUUGGUGGUAGCACUGGUGGAGGCUUUGGUAGCAGCUAUUGGUCAGGUGUUAAUGGUGGAGCAAGUGGUGAGAUUUCCAUCAGUUCAUCAGACAGUGGUUUUGGAGGUGGUUUUCCUGGAAAUGAAAAGCAGACCAUGCAGAGCCUUAAUGACCGUCUAGCUGCUUACCUGGAAAAAGUGAGAGCCUUGGAAGCAGCUAACAGUGACUUGGAGCAGAAGAUCCGAGAAUGGUACGAAAAGCAACUUGCCUCUGCAAAUGCCAUAGAUUACAUCAAGCAUUUUGAAAUCAUCCAAGAUCUGCGGAACGAGAUUCUUGCCACCACUCUUGAAAAAUCCAGAGUUGUUCUACAAAUUGACAAUGCCAGAAUGGUUGCCGAUGACUUAAGACUUAAGUAUGAGAAUGAGCUUCUACUCCACCAGAUUGUGGUGGCUGAUAUAAACAGACUAAGCAAAGCGUUGAAUGAACUGACCAUGACAAGAGAUGGUCUUGAGAUCCAGAUCGAAAGCUUGACUGAAGAGCUAACCUAUCUGAAGAAGAACCAUGAGGAGGAAAUUAGUAUUGUGAAGAGCAGUGGUGGUGGCCAAAUCAAUGUCGAAAUGGAUGCUGCUCCAGGUUUAGAUCUGACCAAGAUUCUGAACGACAUGAGAGCAAACUACGAAGCCCUGGCUGAAACAAACUAUAGGGAUGCAGAGCAAUGGUUUAACCAACAGAGCAAGGAGCUGAAGAAGGAGAUAUCAGCUGGAAUGGAUCAGGUGCAAACAAGCAAAAGAGAAAUCUCUGAUUUGAGACGUUCUCUUCAGACUUUGGAAAUUGAGCUUGAAGCCCAGCAGGCAAUGAGAAAAUCAUUGGAAAAUGCAAAGACGGAAACACAAGGUCGUUAUGGUGCACAGCUCCAACAGCUCCAACUUACAAUAAGUGGUCUAGAAGAACAGCUUUUCCAGGUCAGAUCUGACUCGAAAAGCCAGAGUCUGGAAUACCAGCAACUUCUAGAUAUCAAGAACAGACUGGAGCUGGAGAUCAAAACAUACUGCCACCUGCUGGAUGGAGAGUUUGGCUCCAGUUCAUCCAGUCAAUCAGCUGUCGCUGUGUCUCCCACCCAAGAUUCUGUAGAUCCCAAAAAAGGUCCAACCAAAACCAGAAAGACUAAGACCAUUGUGGAGAUAGUGGAAAAUGGAACCGUUGUAUCAGCCGAGUUAGAGGAAACUGAAGAAGAGAUUGACUAAUCACAAAUCAAGAAUCCUACUGAUAACAGUAGACUAAAACCUCAACUAUUAAGGAUCUUUAUUA